AGUAAAUUUCUCCCUGUCAUCAGGUCGCGGGGAGAGGAGGAGGGGGAGGAGGAGUUUGUUAAUGUUCAGUUUGUUCAGCGGGAUCGAUGUUUGCUGGCAUCGCCUCGCCCUGUCUUGUGUGUGUGUGAGUGUGUGUGUGUGUGUGUGUGUGUGUGAGUGUGUGUGUGCGCGCAUAUGGGGGGGGCGAGUGUGUGUGAGAGGAAGGAGUGCGUGCGUGUGUGAGUGUCUGUGUGUGUCUGUGUGUGUGUGAGCGUGUGAGUGAGUGAAUUCCAGAUUUUCUGUCUUGCCCAAACCCGCGCCUGUCCGCUCGCACAUCCCUCCCGGACGGGGAGCUGACGGCAGCCGCACACCGACAGCGAGCGACCCCCUCCGCGGCGCGGGGCCGCCAUCGACCUCGGCGAGGAGGAGGGACAGGAGGGACAGGAGACGGCAGACGGGGAAGAAGAAGAAGAAACCGCCGCCUUCCCGCGAUUGCCUUUUUUCCCCCUUAUCUUUACGCGCGCGUGUGCGUGCGGCGCGUGUGCGCCCCUCGCCCCUUCCAUCCGAACGCGGUCUUGGAUGUUUAAUAAAGAAAUCAAGUGUCUCCACAGUCACCAAAAAAAAAAAAACAAAAAACAAAACCAAAAAAACCAAAAAUUUCCAAAAAGCAAAAACAAAAAGAGAGGAAAAAAAAAUCCAAAACAAACAAACAAACAAGGCAGAAAACCAACCUCUACUUGAGACCUGCCGGCACGAACCCCCCCCGGGCCUGCCACCCAGAGAGGGGGUCUCCGGCCCGUGGCGGAGGAGUGGCAGGGGGGCUCGUCGGGGGGACCGAGGCCGAGCGACGCCCCAGGAGCCACCGGGCAGGAGGCGGAGGCGCCCCGGAGCGGCGAGAGAGACAGCGGGCCCCGCGCGCGGCCCGGGGCCGGGGCGCCAGGAGCGGGACUGGAGCGGAGCAGAGCGAUGCCCAGGAGGAAGCAGCAGGCACCCCGGCGGGCGGCAGGCUAUGCCCAAGAGGAACAGCUGAAGGCAGAGGAGGGAUUAAAAGAAGAAGAGGAGGAAGAAGAAGACAGUGGCUCAGUAGCUCAGCCUCAGGGCAGCAAUGACCCAGCGACAGACGAGGAGCUAGAAACAGGCGCGGAGCAGAAAGGCUGCUUCAGCUACCAGAACUCUCCCGGAAGUCAUUUGUCCAAUCAGGAUGCCGAGAACGAGUCUCUGCUGAGCGAUGCCAGUGAUCAGGUGUCAGACGUCAAGAGCAUCUGCGGCCGAGAUGCCUCGGACAAGAAAGCAAGCAUGCACCCCAAGCUCCCAAACGAAGCCCACAAUUGCAUGGAUAAGAUGACUGCUGUCUACGCCAACAUCUUGUCCGAUUCCUACUGGUCAGGCCUGGGUCUGGGCUUCAAGCUGUCCAACAGCGAGAGGCGGAAUUGUGACACCCGAAACGGCAGCAGCAAGACUGAUUUUGAUUGGCAUCAAGAUGCUCUGUCCAAAAGCCUGCAGCAGAACUUGCCGUCCAGAUCCGUGUCCAAGCCCAGCCUGUUCAGCUCGGUCCAGCUGUACCGGCAGAGCAGUAAGAUGUGCGGCACUGUCUUCACCGGGGCCAGCAGAUUCCGGUGCCGGCAGUGCAGUGCCGCCUACGACACCUUGGUCGAGUUGACUGUGCACAUGAACGAGUCGGGCCACUACCAAGAUGACAACCGCAAAAAGGACAAGCUUAGACCCACGAGCUAUUCAAAGCCCCGGAAAAGGGCUUUCCAGGACAUGGACAAGGAAGAUGCUCAAAAGGUUCUGAAAUGCAUGUUUUGUGGCGACUCCUUUGAUUCCCUCCAAGACUUGAGCGUCCACAUGAUAAAAACAAAACAUUACCAAAAAGUGCCUUUGAAGGAGCCAGUACCAACCAUUUCAUCAAAAAUGGUCACUCCGGCCAAGAAACGCGUCUUUGAUGUCAAUCGGCCAUGUUCCCCUGAUUCCACCACAGGGUCGUUUGCAGACUCGUUUUCUUCUCAGAAAAGCGCCAGCUUGCAGCUGUCCUCCAACAAUCGCUAUGGCUACCAGAACGGCGCCAGCUACACCUGGCAGUUUGAGGCCUGCAAGUCCCAGAUCUUAAAGUGUAUGGAGUGUGGGAGCUCCCAUGAUACCUUGCAGCAGCUCACCACCCACAUGAUGGUCACAGGUCACUUUCUUAAGGUCACCAGCUCUGCCUCCAAGAAAGGGAAGCAGCUAGUGUUGGAUCCACUGGCUGUGGAGAAAAUGCAGUCUCUGUCAGACGCCCCAACCAAUGAUUCUCUGGCUCCCAAGCCAUCAAGUAACUCAGCUCCGGACUGUACAGCCUCUACAACUGAGUUAAAGAAAGAAAGCAAAAAAGAAAAACCAGAGGAUAUCAACAGGGAUGAGAAAGUCAUGAAGAGCGAGGAAUAUGAAGACCCUCUGCAAAAGCCCUUAGACCCUACGAUUAAAUACCAGUACCUGAGGGAGGAGGACUUGGAGGAUGGCUCAAAGGGUGGAGGGGACAUUCUGAAGUCACUGGAAAAUACUGUUACCACAGCCAUCAACAAAGCCCAAAACGGGGCUCCCAGCUGGAGCGCAUACCCCAGCAUCCAUGCGGCCUACCAGCUGUCCGAGGGCACCAAGCCAUCCUUGCCCAUGGGGUCCCAGGUACUACAGAUUCGACCAAAUCUUGCCAACAAGUUGAGGCCAAUUGCACCGAAGUGGAAGGUAAUGCCGCUGGUGUCUGUGCCCACAAGCCUGGCCCCAUACACUCAAGUCAAGAAGGAGCCAGAAGACAAAGAUGAAACUGCCAAGGAGUGUGGGAAAGAAAGUCCCCACGAAGAUGUGGCAUCAUCCUUCAGCCAUAGCGAGGGGGAUUCUUUCUCCAAAAGUGAGACCCCCUCAGAAGCCAAAAGGGCUGAGCCUUGUGCCCCGAAGGAGGAGGACAAGCUGAUGAAGGAGGGUGGGGAGAAAGAGAGAGCCCAGCCCCUGGAGCCAACCUCUUCUCUCAGCAAUGGCUGCUCCCUCCCCGGCCAUGCCCCGGCCCUGCCAUGCAUCAACCCGCUCAGCGCCCUGCAGUCCGUCCUGAACAAUCACCUGGGCAAAGCCACGGAACCCUUGCGCUCUCCUUCCUGCUCCAGCCCAAGCUCAAGCACAAUUUCUCUUUUUCACAAGUCGAAUCUCAGUGUCACGGACAAACAGGUUUUGAGUCCUGCCUCCACAAGGCCAGCCAGUGUGUCUAGGCGCUACCUGUUUGAGAACAACGAUCAGCCUAUCGACCUGACCAAGUCUAAAAGCAAGAAAGCCGAGUCCUCGCAAGCACAAUCCUGUACAUCCCCGCCUCAGAAGCACGCCCUGUCUGACAUCGCUGACAUGGUCAAAGUCCUCCCCAAAGCCACCACCCCAAAACCUGCCGCUUCCUCGAGGGUGCCUCCCAUGAAACUGGAAAUGGAUGUCAGACGCUUUGAGGAUGUCUCCAGCGAAGUCUCAACUUUGCACAAAAGAAAAGGGCGGCAGUCCAACUGGAACCCUCAGCAUCUUCUGAUCUUGCAGGCUCAGUUUGCCUCCAGCCUCUUCCAGACCUCGGAGGGCAAAUACCUGCUGUCCGAUCUGGGCCCACAAGAGAGAAUGCAGAUCUCAAAGUUUACGGGACUCUCCAUGACAACGAUCAGCCACUGGCUGGCGAACGUCAAGUACCAACUUAGGAAAACAGGCGGGACAAAAUUUCUGAAGAACAUGGACAAAGGACACCCGAUCUUUUAUUGUAGUGACUGUGCCUCCCAAUUUAGAACCCCUUCCACCUACAUCAGUCACUUAGAAUCUCACCUGGGUUUCCAGAUGAAGGACAUGACCCGCAUGGCCAUGGAACAGCAAAGCAAAGUGGAGCAAGAGGUCUCCCGGGUGUCUUCGGCUCAGAGGUCUCCAGAAACAAUAGCUGGCGAAGAGGACACAGACUCUAAAUUCAAGUGUAAGUUGUGCUGUCGGACAUUUGUGAGCAAACAUGCAGUAAAACUCCACCUAAGCAAAACGCACAGCAAGUCACCCGAACACCAUUCACAGUUUGUAACAGACGUGGAUGAAGAAUAGCUCUGCAGGUAUGGGUUUCUCCCAGGUGAUCGGGACAGUAGCGUUGUGAGGAGCUUCCUGAAGGGCGAUGGGUCUGUUUAGAGGGAGUUAACGUCUCCCAGUACCAACAGGACAGUAGCUUGCUAGACUAGGACUUAUUUGUAUGGAAGUCUAGCACAUGGUAUGUCCUAGCUAUUCUCUCAAUUUCUCCAGGUUAGAGUUGGCGGAUAGAAUAAAAUGGGUUUAGAGGGAUGGAGUUCACGGACUCCUGCUUCGUGGUACCUCAUCCCCUUAGUAACUCAAGGCCUGACUUUCAAGGUCCAGCCAAGACUACCCUUAAUUUUCAUGAAUAAGGACAAACUUCCUUCCCUGUCCCAUUUCACCCCCCUCACCUUCCCAUGGCAAUGCUAAUGCCUUACAAGGUGAUAAAAGGGUGAGCAACAGUAUAAAUAUUGUAGAGUUCCUGGGGGCAGCCACUCUACAGAGAUUUUUUGAUCAGCUCAUGAAUAGUUUAAAGUUGUCUUUAGUAUUAUUAUGUGUAAUUGAUGCUUUUUGCAGCUUACUUGCAGCAGUGGCUCCCUGCCACUUCCUUCCCUCUGUUCAUUUCCUCCCUUAGGUUUCCUAUGAAAAAGCACCCACGCUGUAGUCAGAUGGUAGAAAAGCACUCUUCUCUGCAGAACAUUGAGGUGAAAGAGGAAGCUUAGUCUCUUCUCUCACCUGUGGGUUUUCUGUAGGGUUGACUACUGUCAGAGCGUGCCUUUAAUAGAGACAGACACAGUGCACACCCUUGAGAUUUUAUUUUACAUAAAGCAACGAACGACUUUCUGCUCACCCGUAGGCAGUGCACAUGGGGUCUCACAGCUUCAAGAUAAUUUGCAUUAUGCAUCACAGAAGUUCUGUGCCUUAUAUUGUCACUGGUGCCCAGCCUCUGUGUCACCCCCAGGAAAGAGGACAGAGACCUAGGUCAAAUACCUCAGCAAACGGGUCACACCAGCCAUUUUCAAAUGUUCUCAAGGCUGGGUCUUAAAUCCCCAUUAUUUCCCUUUCAUAUUUUUUCUGCUUCCUGUUCUCUCCCCACAUGCUAGGGACCCUCACACAUAGUCGGGUUUCCUCUGCCUCUGGCCGCACCCCAAAUGGGAUAACCUGACUUACACCUUCCGCACUUGCCUGUCCAGCUGAUGUCAUGCUAGGUCACAGGUGAGCUCUUCUGGUUAAUUUGCAGUAGGAUAUGAACGGCUACAUAUGACUUACGAGCCCUACUUAUAAGUUAUAUAUAUAACUUACAUAUAGAAGUUAUAUAAGUUGACAGCCCAGCUCCUGCCAUCAGACCAUUUGUUUUGAAAUGGGAGACUUUUAGAUUAAGCCGCAGGUAUGUGCACUUGCAGAGUUCCAGGUGGAGACGGGUAUUUCUACGUGUGGCUUCAGGCUCACUUCUCAUCAGACAGGGAAGUUCAUUGAGUGGAAGGGUGGCCAAUAUGGAAUAAAGGGUUAAAGUCUGGCACUGGUCCCUCCAUGAGAAGGUCUAAGAGCUUCUGAUGAAGGGGGACACCAACCUCAUGGCUGUCUGGGUCCAAAUACAGAUGAUUGUUUUGUUUGCAUGCUUUUAUCAUGGUCAUUAAAAUGUGUUACUAGCA